UUUUCAAGUCCCACAGGUUCGUUCAGAAGAGAAGUUAUCCCAAUCUAUUGGGACUAGGAGCCAAGCAACUAAGGGCCGCAAUGAAAUCGCCGUCAUUGGAGCUGGCCUCAUGCGAACGGGGACGUGGAGUUUAAAGUGUGCCUUGGAAACGCUGUACGAAAAACCCUGCUACCACAUGGCCGAGAUAUUCUUCAAGCGUCGGAAAGCACACAUCAAAUCAUGGCUAGAUAUACUGAAACGGACUGAUUCGUCAGAAGUCGAAGUGACCAAGGCUACUUUCGAUUCCCUGUACGACGGAUUUGGUGCAGCAGUGGAUUAUCCGACAUGUUUGUUUUACAAACAUCUCAUGGAGUUUUAUCCCAAAGCUAAGGUUAUCCUAACUGUGAGAGAACCCGACGAAUGGGUGGCAAGUUGUCGUGCCACAACUCUGUCCCGAAACCUUAUGCGUCCAUCGACACUGGGUGAAGAACUGUUGUAUUGGUACAGGGGAAUUAACGGAAUAGCAAAUCUGCAUCUCGCCCUAUUUCGUCGAACAUUCGGCCCGAAUUUCAGUGAAAUGUCGGACGAGGAACUGAAGGAGGUUUAUACUCGUUGGAACGCAGAUGUUGUGAACACUGUUCCACCAGAACGCCUGCUUGUGUUUCGAUAUCAAGAUGGAUGGACUCCGCUUUGUCGUUUUUUAAAUUUUCCGGUCCCUCCAAAGAGUUGUCCGUUUCCUCACUUGAACAAGAGAGAGAUAUUUGCCAAAAACAUGCAAGCGACAUUCGACCAAGCAAGUUUUAUUCAGGGGCUUAUAUAUGCUGUGAUAGUUGCCGGCGCACUUUUCGCCUACCUAUGGUACUCAACGUUUCAUGAGUGAUUUCAUUAUUCUUACAUACUGUACGUUUUCCCUUAAAGUGUUUUCAGUUGGCCGUAAAAUUGGGCCAAUAGACUUAUUUCCCAGACUACCGUAAUGUAAUGCUAGGUCUCCCAAAGGUUUUCAUUUCUGCCCCUAUUGAAGUAAAUUUUCAGCUUUUUGGAUUAUGCUUGCAUUUGGUGCAUGCUCACUGUUCAUCUUUCAACUCUUUUGCGUGAUUUUAGAAAUGGCGAAUUUGGAAGGCUACUUUGUAUUUGUUUUGAUCCGCUUUCGGCGGACAGAUACACAAUAG